ACUAGUCAAUGGGCAGAAGCCUCAGAAUCAACUAGUCACUUGGCCGAGAGGAUCCCCCAAUGUACUGACCCCCAGCAGCCAUGUACCACUCUGAGCUCUUCCAGCAGUAUGGCACCUCCUACGCGAUGAGACCCCCUCAUGCCCUGGCACCCACCUACCCCAGCGCUGGGGGGCACCACGACUCUUACAGAUACUCAGAGUUGGAUGUUCCCAGCCAGAGGUUUGAUGGUCUGUUCCCAGCCCUGGAGCCUUCACAGAGGAUUCUGGGAGCCCCCCCUCUCACACCUCUCUCACUGCCCCCGGGUCCUACCCUGGGAUUUGGGCAAGUGCAGCCCCCCUGCGAGACCCCCCAGCUGCCCGGAAAUGUCAAGAUGAAGCUGGAGAACAAGGAGCUUUGGAAACAGUUCCACUCCAUCGGCACCGAGAUGAUCAUCACUAAGUCUGGCAGGCGCAUGUUCCCCCAGUGUAAGGUGAGUGUGUCGGGGUUGGAAGCGGAUGGGAAGUACCUGCUCCUGGCGGAUAUUCUGCCCGUGGACAACUCUCGCUACAAGUGGCAGGAAGAUCACUGGGAGGCAAGUGGGAGGGCGGAGCCAAGACCCCCCGAGAUCUAUAUCCACCCCGAUUCCCCCGCCCCCGGAUCCCACUGGAUGAAACAACCCAUUUCCUUCCACAAGAUCAAACUGACCAACAACACUCUGGACCAGAUGAUCAUCCUGCACUCCAUGCACAAGUACCAGCCCCGCUUCCAUAUUGUCCGUGCCCAGGACGUGUUCAGCCUACGCUGGGGGGGCUGCUCCUCCUUCACCUUCCCAGAGACCCUCUUCCUCACUGUCACAGCCUAUCAGAAUGAGAAGAUAACACAAAUGAAGAUCCAGACAAACCCAUUUGCAAAAGGAUUUCGGGAGGAGGGGAUGAAGAGUAAGAGGGAUCGCAGUAUCCGGGGGAAGAGGAAGGUGAUGAGUGUGGAACAGGAAGAGGAGGAGCAAUUCCAGCCUGAGGCUGAGUGUAAGAGACCCCCCCUGUACAGUGGCCCCUGUGACUCGACUCUGAGAGAGGAGCUGGAUAUAGGGAGGAGUCCCAACUGCUCUUUCCACCCAAUCACAACGCCUUCCACUGAAACCCCUAACCCUUCUCUGCCGGCCAAUCAGGAACAUGGGGCCCCCCUGACCAUGUCCUCCCAGACCCCAGGGACCUUUCUGCAGACGUACCCAGAGCCACCCAAAGGCAUCGACAGUCUAUACUCCUGCAGCCCCACAGAUGCAGCACAAAACCAGACCCUGCGGCCCUCAGUCCAACGAUUACCUCCCGGAUAUCAGGGGUCUCCUCAGAUCAGCCAAAGACAAGCGGAAUGCAAGCUCUAUGGGACAGAGGUGGGCUGUGACUUUAUCCCCCCGUCCUGCUCAGUGACCCCCAGUGUCCAACUCUGUGAGGAGCCAAUGGGCAGAGGUUUCUCCAUGAACUUCCCGCACUUCCUGCCCAACAACAAGGUUGGACUGCAGAUUUCUGGGGCGCAGCUGCAGCGCAUGUACAAUGGGGGGACUCUCUAUUGAUGCUGAACACUGACUGUCAGUUACACAAACAUGGCUCCUCCCAACUAUGGACAAGGGGGAGGAGCCUCUUGACUGACCCCCCCCCCCAAAGAGGAGGCAGCACCAGGAGAACAAAGGAGACCCACACUCAGCAGCCAAUCCCUGCAUUCCUAUUCAUGUCCCCCGUGGGACCCCAGCACAUUAUAAGUAGUAUUAUUAGUAUUAUUACUAUUAUUACUAUAAGUAUCACACACAGCCCAUGGGGAAAGCUCUCUGGACUCUGACUCUUUUCCUUGUCACUACUGACGAUUGUGUCUCACUCUCUCUCCCAGUUCAGCCCCUUAGAACUAAUCAGCCAGCAGCAGACAGAGGCGCUCUAGUAUAACUGCAUCUAUCAUCUUCUACAUCACUGGCACGUUCUGCCUCUCUCCUGCUCAUUGGACUUUUGUUCCACCCCAGAAUUUGUCAUUAUUUAUCAAAACUUCCCUUCCUUAUGUUUUGUGUUUUUGUUUGUUUGUUUUCUGAUGGACAGAGAAUAUCUUUUUUAUUAAAAGCCAUUUCUUGGGA